AUGGAUUACAGAGCAAGAUACAUCACCACCAAAGAAGGAGCUACUGAUUUAGACCCUCCUUCUACAGAUACAGAUGAAGAAGUUGAUGCAUUUUCUGAGCUUGUUUGCCAAAAAGCUUCAUCUUUUGAUGGUGAGAGUGUAUACAAUCCUAUCCAUCCCAUGGAUCUUCAGAUGGCAGUGUUCCACUGCUCAGACAGUUUCCUGAAGCAACUAAUAGUGACUAAACUCUCUCAGUGUCAGUACGCUCUGCCUCUACUGAUGAGAAAUCUAUUUACUGGAAAGAUUGAGUUUCCUCUGUGGACAUUUCGCCAAAUUAUUAAAAGUUGCAAAACCACUGACACUUCUGGUACCAAGAUCAGUAAAACCCAGCAUGUUUAUGAAGCAGAAACUCCAAUGGUGGUGUUCUUCAGGUUAGGGGACAUGUCCUUUUCCAAGUCUCAGCUGAUAAACAGCUUGAUCAAUGAGAAGCAUCAGACAUUCUUCCACAGACACUGUCCAGGCAGCAUUAAAAACCGUCUACUGAUGGAUGGAGUUGUGGAGAUUGCUUGGUACUGUCCAUCUGGAAAGGAAACUGAUCAUUUUACUGACUGUGUUGCUUUCUGUAAUCUACAUGGUGAUGCAGAAACCAGUAAAGAACAACUGGAUAUUCUGACUGAAAUGUCGUCUGUAAAUGUUGUUCUUUUAUCUGAUCCUAACAAUGAAAGAAAUAAGGAGAUGAUACAUAAGUUUCUAAAAGACCCCAAACCACUCAUCUGUCUCCUUUCUGAGGAUAGAUCAGGUGUCAGUAGGAUUAAGAAUGGAAAAUACAGAAAUGGUCUAAAGGACAGAAAUCUGUCAGACAUAUCUAAAAACCUCAAAACAACCAUCACAGAGUGUCUGUCCAAGUCAUCUUCAGUUUUUAAACUUGAGGAUUUAUACAAAAACAAUGAGAUCAGCACAGAUGAAGAUGAUCCUGAAUGCAGGAAAGGAAAAGAAGCAGCACUAGAGAUAAUAAAACUACUGGAGGGGAAGGAAAUAUCCACAUUAAAGGAAACACACCUGCCCUGUCAAGGGAAGCUCUGGCAUGAGUGGUGUCAGAUAAACAAAGACUCACAUCGACUUCAAGGAAACAAUUUAGAAAUGCAAAAGAGUGAAAAACAAACACAAAUGAAACAAAUCCGUGAACAGCAACAAAAAAAUGGACAAUCAGGAUUUUUAAAAGAAUUUAUUUCCUCACUGAAUUCUCUAUCAGGAAAUGAAAAAUUAUUCUUUAUUAAAUGGCUCGAGCUUCUACUGGACAAACAAACCUCAGAUGAUCUUUCAAAUCUUCAUCAACUUGAAGAAAUAUCUGUAAAACUGAAUGCAGCAACAUUUGGUCUGGAACACAUCUUCAGAGAGAUGGGUCAGAUAUAUGAGUCAGGGAAGAAAACAUCUGGAGAAAGAAGUAUGUCAAAUCUCCCCAAACUUGCUGCAGAACUCAUAAAAUUUGGUCUUCCAAUGGAGUUGAUGGAUGGUGAUGCUGCUCAUGUUUCUCUGAUUUGCGUUUCAGCAGUUCUAGAUGAACUCAUAAAGAAACUGGGAGAUCAGAGAGUCUUUGUGCUGUCAGUUCUAGGGAUUCAGAGCACAGGAAAAUCCACCAUGCUGAAUGCCAUGUUUGGACUCCAGUUUGCUGUCAGUGCUGGAAGGUGCACCAGAGGAGCCUUCAUGCAGCUGGUCAGAGUAUCAGAGGAGAUGAAGGAGCAGCUGAAGUUUGACUACAUUCUUAUUGUAGAUACUGAAGGUCUAAGAGCACUUGAGCUUGCAGGAAAAUUCACUUACCAUCAUGAUAAUGAACUUGCAACAUUUGUUGUAGGUCUUGGAAAUCUGACUUUGAUCAACAUAUUUGGUGAGAACCCUGCUGAGAUGCAGGAGAUUCUUCAGAUUGUUGUUCAGGCCUUCCUGAGAAUGAAGAAGGUAAAACUAAAUCCCAGAUGUAUGUUUGUCCAUCAGAAUGUUGGUGACAUCACAGCUGGAGAGAAGAACAUGGAGGGCAGGAGACGUCUACAGGAAAAACUGGAUGAAAUGACAAAAUUAGCUGCUAAAGAAGAAGACAGUGAAGCCGAGUGCUUCAGUGAUGUUAUUGCUUUCAAUGUACAAGAUGAUGUUCAGUAUUUUGCACAUCUCUGGGAGGGCAGCCCACCAAUGGCUCCACCAAACCCCUCAUACAGUGAAAAUGUUCAGAAGCUAAAGAGAGCUAUUUUCACAAAUGCUACCAAGUCUCAUAGUAUGAAACUCUCAGAGUUUAAAUCACAUAUCAGUGAUCUGUGGAAGGCUCUACUGAACGAGAACUUUGUUUUCAGUUUUAGAAACACACUGGAGAUUGCAGUCUACAGGAAACUAGAAACUGAGUUUGGAAAAUGGACCUGGUCCCUCAGAAGUGCCAUGUUAGAAUAUGAAGAAAAACUGCACAACACAAUUAAAAACAAAAAACUACAAAAGAUUGAGGACAAAGAUCUUUAUGAUCACAUGAAGAAGACCAAAGAAGAAGUGGAGAAAUCAAUGAAGUGUUACUUUGAAGAGGACAAGGACAAAGACAUUUUAAUUCAGUGGAAAGUGAGAUGUGAACAGAGAAUUAAACAACUUCUUGAAGAUCUUGUCAAAAAAGCAAAAACAAACCUGAAUGAUUUUCUUCAACAGCAAAAAGCACGAGAAACGUUUGAUCACAAAAAGACAGAGUAUGAUGAAAAGCUCUUCAAUAUGAGUAAAGCACUUGCUCUACAACUAAAAAGCACAGAAACUGAUGAACGAGUCCUCAGACAGGAAUUUGAUAAAGUGUGGAACAAAUGGGUCUCUGAUCUAACACAAGACACACCUGUAGAGAAACCUUUUGAUGUUUGGGAGGAUGUGAUACAGAUUCUAUCUGAAGGUAAUGAACAAGCUGCUGUGUAUGAGCGAAUAUCUCAGGAAGAUUACACAAAGAUACACAGACUGGGAGAUUAUUCACGUUACAUUUUGAAGACAAUGAAAAUGAUUCCUUUUGAAGUCCAGGAGUCAGUGAGGAACCUAUUCAACAAUGUCAACCAAGAAUCUGAGAACUUGAUCAAGAAGAUCUGCAGCAAAAUUACAGGACUGGGAUACAAAAAAAGCUACAUUCAGGAAAUAACUGACCAGGUCAAACACAGAGUUGAGAAAUAUCACAGUGAGAACAAGACAAUAAAGCUGAAGAAGGAAUUCACUCUGGAUCUCUGUCUUCAUGUGUGUUAUCAUGCAAAACCCAAAUUCACCAAGAUCCACCAACAGUUUAUAGAUCAAAAUGAUGUAAGAAAGUAUCUGGAAAAGCAGAAACCACAAUAUUACAGCAUCUUCCAAAACUACUGCAGAGGAGCUACAACCACAUCAGUAUUUGGUGAACUUAUCUACAACAAUCUUGUACCAGCCAUCCUGCAAGCAGCCUACAAUAAAACUGCUAUUGAUCUAUCAACACAGAUGAGAUCAGACAUGCCAGAAUUUAAUGGUAACAGGUCACAGCUUGAGAAACACAUCCUGAAAUUUCUGGCAGAGCAGGAGAACUUUGAGAAGUACAUGCAGUACAUCCACCAUCCCAAGAAACACUUUGAACAGUUUAUUACAGAAAACGUUGAUAAAUACAUCACUGAAAAUAACAGAGAGGUUCUGAAUCUUCUCAAAGGAAAUCUGAAACACAAAGAGCAGAAAGUGAUGAACACUCUGAACAUCACAACUGAAGAAGUGAAGAAGAGCAGUGGUGAUGCAAACAUGUGGCUGAGAAGUUUGAAGAAUUCACUAACAGAUGAGCUGAGCUUAAAAGAAAUAACCUGCACUGGUCUGGAGGAAAUUACAGAUUUAGAUUUACUUCAGCAGGUUGUGUGUGAAGGUCUCACAAAGAUGAUGUCAGAACAACAUAAAAGCUUCAACAGUGUAACAGACAUAAACAUGGAGAAGUUCAGGAAGAAACCAGAUGAGAUUCUGAUUGAACAUCUCUGUCAGUGCUGCUGGGUUCAGUGUCCAUUCUGUAAAGCCAUCUGCACCAACACAAUAGAGGACCAUGAUGGAGAUCACAGUGUCCCCUUCCACAGAGUAGAUGGAAUCAUAGGAUGGCACAAAAGAUACACAACAAAUCUCUGUGCUAAUAUUUGUACAACUUUAGUACAAAGUAAUAAACGCUUCUACCCCCGUCAUGAUACAGAUGUGUCAGUACCCUACAAAAUCUACAGAACAGCAGGAGGAGAAUAUGCUAAGUGGAGCAUCACUCCUGAUAAUUCACAGCUCACAUACUGGAAGUGGUUUGUGGGCAGCUUCCAAACAGACCUGGAAAAGUACUAUGGUAAAUCAUUCCAGGGACACAGAAAGAUUCCCUCUGGAUGGAGAAAAUACACAAAAACACAAGCUAUAGAGAGUUUGGAUGAAUAUAUCUGA